AUGCCGGCCAGACUCGUCGUGUGCAGCCAUGCGCCGGUGCCGCUCUGCAGAUCCCUUCGACUGCAGGGAGCGGCGAGGCAUGUCAGCACCACGGCGGCCAAGACUCAAACUUUGUCUCCAACAGCGCCACGAACCUUCACACCGACCCCGAAGAAAUCGCCUCUAUCUCGGCUUUCAACCAAGGCUCUGGUCCGGUCAUUGUUCCUCACCCAAUUCAUGUCAUCACCACUUCUCAUGAAGCCAGCGUUACCUUUACUACACUUUAUCGCCAACACCAAAUUCGCACUAUUCAACCCCGAUAAGAAUCCCUUGUUGAACCGGCUACUCAGAUGGACCAUUUACGACCACUUCUGCGCAGGAGAGAACAUCCCUCAAGUCUCAAAGACUGUUUCCGAAGUGAAGCGAAUGGGUUACCAGGGUGUCAUUCUCAAUUACGCAAAAGAAAUCGUUUUGGACAAGAAGGCCGCCGACGCUGAAGCGCAAGCUGGAGAGUACGCUCCGCAGGUUUAUGCGAUGGUCGACCAAUGGAAGAAAGGAAACCUCGAAACUCUCCAUAUGAUGGCACCAGGCGACUUCCUGGCUGUCAAGGUAACUGGCGCUGGUCCCAUUGCCGUAGAUGCCUUGAAGUCGAAAGCACCCAUCCCGGAAGUUUUGAGCAAGGCCUUGGAUGAGCUCUGCGAGGAGACCAACAGACAAGGCUCCCGUCUCUGGAUCGAUGCCGAGCAACAAGCCCUUCAGCCCCAACUCGACGAGUGGACUAUCGACCUCAUGAGAAAGCACAACCGCCAGAGCAAGCCGUUGAUUUACAACACUAUUCAAGGUUAUCUCAAGGGCUCGAAGGCCAAUUCCGAGCGCCAUAUUUCUCUGGCUGCGAAGGAGGGCUGGAGCUUGGGAGUCAAGCUGGUCCGCGGCGCUUACAUUGAGAACGAAGUCCGAUCCCUGAUCCACGACACCAAGAAAGACACCGACACCAAUUUUGACGACAUUGCCGACAUGUUUAUCAGCCAGAGACUGCCCGAGGAGGCCAAGGAGUGCCAGUUCCCCGCCAGCGCGCUCUUCCUCGCCACACACAACGCCGCCAGCUCCGCAACCGCAAUCUCUACCCACCGACGCAGGAUCCUAGACGGCCAGGCCACGACGGAGCUCGAGUGCGGUCAGCUGUUUGGCAUGGCGGACGAGUUGAGCUGCGAGCUGUUGGAUAACUACGACACGUGCGUCGCGGACUCUGGGCUGAAGAGGGAUGCUAUCCCCAAGCCGUUCAAGUAUCUGCCGUGGGGGUCUGUUUCGGAGUGUAUGGGCUACCUGCACCGGAGGGCGGUCGAGAACAAGGGAGCCGUCGCGGAGAGCGCACAUAUGCUCGGCUCAUUGAAGAGCGAGCUGAGACGCCGGGUUUUUGGUUAA